AUGAAGGCUGAGGAGGUAUCAGAUGAUCCGAAGACCUUUCCCCUAGCUCCUGAUCUUCCAGAACUGACCUACCAGAUCCUCAACGCUGACCAUCUCUUUCUGAAAAAUGCCAGUCAAGUUUUGAAGGGAAAUCUUAGCCAGCGGUCGCAGAAACAAAUCUUCAUCAUCACUGGGGUCACUGAGCAGCCAGCCAUCAACGUCAGCUAUGGGCCCAUGUCUGUGGAGCAGUCUAUCCCGCUGGAGCUGGUAAACAGUGGCCCCAGUGUCCGAGCCUUCAUUCUGGCCCGCCAAGUGCGCUCUUCAGCACCUGUAAUACGACUGCUCUUUUAUGCCACCAGCAAGACGGAUCUCGUAAAGGAUGUGUCAGAUCAAGUCAGGCCAGGGCAGAGUGAAGCUGGCUACAUCUGUGUCACAGCUCAUGCCUUCUGGGCAUUGCUGGAGAUUCGAGGAACCUGCUCUAUCCCUGCAAAUGGAGGCUUCUGCUUGGCCCAUCUGAAGCCGGAGCCAGCAUGGUUCAGCCCAGGCGGCGCCAGGUCCAGCAGGGAGCAAAGGGGUGAUUCAAGAGGGACAGUUGUAGAACUUUACUACCAGACCAGACCCAGUCCCACCAGCCAGUGUGUUGCCCAGGAUAGUAAUCAGUGGAAGGGUGCAAACCAGGCCUUUGGUCCCAACAUGAAGAGAAUUGGCAAUGUCAACCUCCUGCGCUCACCUCCUGGAAACCCCACGUUCAUGCGCUUGCGUCUGGGUGGAACUGUGAUCGUGCAGACGUCUUCAAAACCUCUGAAGAACGCAGACACAGCCACCUUCUACGUCUUCUUGUCCAGUACCUCCCCUGUAGUGCACUUUAUACUCAGAGCCACAGUGCGGAGAGGGAUGUCCUUCAGCACAGCCAGACCAAGUGACCCUCAGCUGUGGGACAUCGCCCUGGAUCCAGGGAGAGGAAGCAACCCCCAAACAAUCUCUGUCAUCUGCCAGAGGAAGAAUGCUUUUACAGGAAAAAGGGGUCUGCUGGAGGUCCUGCAGCUGGACUUUGAAACGCAGGAGCAGAAUGACCAGUUGGAGAGCCAGAUGAUCACAUUUCGUCUGGAGCUGCCUGGAAACAUGAUCCAGGACGAGGGCACCAUGAGGAUUUACACCGUCCAGAGAGACUAUGUGGGCAUAGUCCCACUCAUUAUGAACACAGAGCUCCUGAACACGGCCGUGUUGACUGGUAAGAAGGUGUCCAUACCGGUGAAGGUGCUAGGAGUGGAGGCAGAUGGCUCGGUCUCAGACAUCACCAACUCCAGCAGGUGCAGGUCCGCAGAUGAAGACACUCUAAAGGUGUCAGAGAGGUGUGAGAGUGUCUAUAUGAAUGGAGAGGAGACGAGAGGCAGAGUGAGGAUGAUGGUCAACUUCACCUACAGCUACCUGAGUGCUCAGCUGGAGGUCAGCGUGUGGCUGCCCCAUUUGCCCCUACAGAUUGAAAUGUCUGACCCAGAACUCAGCCAGAUCAAGGGCUGGAGGGUGCCUGUCUUCGGGGCCAAGAGAGCAAGCUGGGAAAGUGAGGAAGAUGAUGAGAAGAAGGGCAGAGGGUGCAUGCUGCAGUACCAGCACAGCCUGGUCCGAGUGCUUACGGCCUUCGCAGCUGAGGCUCCAGGCUCGAGCGGUUCCUCUCCUGUGUACUUUCUGGGCCCUGAAUGGCUGGUGGAUGUGACUGGGCUGGUGCGCUACUCUUUGAAGGUGGGGGACACGAGCAUAGCACGACUGCAGUCUGGAACAGUGCUGAGCGGCAGGGCUGCUGGAGUCACUACUGUACAGGUGAUGUCUCCUCUUACGGACGCGGUACUGGCUGAGAGGAUGGUGCGGGUGCUGGAUGAUAAAGUGAGCGUCACGGAGCUGGGAGUGCAGCUGGUCUCGGGCCUCUCGCUGAACCUCCAGCUCAGUCCAGGCAGCAACAGGGCCAUUGUGGCCACCACCACCACCCAGGACACCAUGCACAACCCCAAACAGGAGGCAGUGGUUGCCUGCUGGGUGAAGUUCAGCGAUGGCUCUCAGACUCCACUUGACCUGUUCGAUCCCAACGGCUACACGCUUACGGUCAGCUCGCUGGAUAAGAAGGUGGUGUCGGUGAGGAAGGUUCCGGGCCGUGUUGUGGUGGCGGAGGCGGAGGGGCAGGGCUUGCUGCUUCGAGCCGAGCUGGCCAUCUGCGAAGCCUGUCAAAAGUCCAAACGCAAGAGCAAGCUGGCCGUGGGCGCCGGCACCGUUAGGGUCAAAUUCCUGUCAGCUGAGCAGCCGGCCGUGGAGAGUGGGAGGACGCAGCCUGGCAUCCGAGGCGUGACUGAUUAUGGCAGCGAUGCUGAAACUGUAGAGAGUGAACUCAGACUGAGCUUGACCUCUUCUCAUGGUUUGGUCGAAAUCUUCAGGAACACUAUUCCUAGCAUGCAAGAGAGCACCACGAGAGAGAUCAACACAACGUCAACCAAGUCUAGCCUGCAAGAGGCAAUCGGAGGGGCCAUAUCCACCAUCAGAGCCGUGAACGGACUGGGGAUGCCUGCUACAAAGCCUGAUGUUAACAAAGCUCUUGUUACAGUUGGCCCAGCAAGUGUUUUGAGAAAGAGCUUUGGCAACCUGCUUGACCAAUCAGACUUCACUUCCCGAGAAGAGGAACCUAAAGAGGAUCCAACCUUGGUGGAGAGCGAUUUGAUGCGGACAUUUGGUUUCUUCACGGACUUGGAGAUCUGCAUCUAUUCACUGGUAGGGGUCUCCUGCUUGGCAAUAAUAGCCAUCCUGCUUAACUGUGCCACUCACAACGCGAAGUCACGCAGUAAGAAGUCUCCAGUGCAGUGCCAAGGUCCUGAUGAGCAUAAGCACCAUUGGGUCCGCCUGGGCACGGCUGCGGAACAGAGCAGGGCUGUGCCAAUUGUGACCACGCAAGUGCCAAGCACUGCUGCAGAGAUGCCAAACAGCAUGGAAAUGCAGAAACCCAUGGAAAGGCCUACAGUUACAGAGAUGCCCCGAGCAAGAGAGAUGCCCACGGUGCCGUGUGAAGAGAGGACGGCCACUUUGGGCAGAAGGAGCAGCACCCUGCCCCACAGACCAGACCCUUUGGCAGUUAGGUCAGCAACUCUACUACCAAGGCCAAUACGGAAUGAUCCGCUGCAUUCUCCGACAAGCAAGAGGAACCAGGUCCAGUUUACCACCUUCACCACUCUCGACAUCAAGCACUUGGCAGCGCUUAAGAGGAAUGGGCAGGAUUUCAACUGGGCCAGCCAAGGAGCCGGAGGUUUUAAUCAUGCACCGGGCGCCAGUCAAGCAAUAGUAACCAAUCAGGGAGGCUCGUGCAGUCUGGUUGGGGCAGCAGGUCAGGCUGGUCUAUGCAGUCAGGUCAGGGCAGCCAGUCAGGCAGGCCUGUGCAGUCAGUUUGGGCCAGCCAAUCAGGUAGGCGUACACUUUCAGAUAGGAGGGUGCACUCAAGCAGGAGAUUGCGCCGAGUCCAAAGGAUUUCUCCCUGAAGCUCCAUGGCCUGUAGUUAAACCAGUAGCACAGGUUUAA